AACACUUUGGUGUGAUCUCCAGGAAAGACCUGCCGGCAGCCAGCCCGGGGCCCUCCCUGCUGCCCACCCUCUCCCGCAGCCCCACCGCACAGUAAACACAGCCCAGCCUGUUUUCCCCUGGCCCCGGUGUACUUGUCAAAGCAGCUAACGGAGUGGGAGAUGGACAGAUUGUCUCCAGAGUUCACAGAGAUUAGAAGCCAAACUCCCAGGGGAUGCAGACAAGGGGCAGCCACCUCUGUCUAGUUGGGGCCGGAAUGAGCACACUUGGCCGCGUGGCCAGGCGCACUUGCUGCGCACAGACCGUGGCUGGUGCUUCUGUUUGUGAGUGGACGAUCCCCAGCCGGCCUUGACCUGGCCGUGGCCUUGCCACAGGGUGUGGUGAGAUGCGGCCAACCUGCACUUGGAAGGAACUCUCUGUGUGUUAAAUGCUGGAAAGAGUGUCAGGCAAGUGGGUAAAGAUGGAGGUCGUAGGUAGAGAAGCAGCCUGUGAAGACCAGCGUGAUCUUUGCCAGAUUCCUAGAAUCGCAAGAUUUUGGGGGCUGCAGGAUCUUUAAACACCAACAGGUAGAGCCUCAUCACCUCACACAAAAGGCAGCUAAGACACUGAGGGAAGGGAGGCCUUUUACCUCAGGGGCCUUUCCUCCUGGCCGACUUUGAGGAGGACUCCUUUCACUUUUGGUCAUGGAAACUGAACUCAUGUUGACUUAGGUAAAAAGAGGUGUAGCUGGCUCGGAGUGCAGCUGGGUCCAGAAGACUAACAACACUGGCCUAUUUUGCAUCUCUUGACACUGAUUUCUUUAGUGUUGGCUUCAUUUUCAGGCAGGCUUUCUCUUUAUGAUCGGUAUGACAGUUCUAGGCUGACAAUCCCAGCAGUCUUUUUUUCCUAACGGUUGGAGCAAAAUCCCAGAUCUGAUUCCCACUGGGCUGACUUGAUCCUAUGUCCAUCCCUGAACCAAUCAUUGUGACUAGAGGGUUGGAUUGACCAGCCAGGGUCCCAGAAGUGGGUGGGUGAGACUCAUCCCAACUUUGUGGAUUGAAAAUGAAGAAUAGACAUUCUCAAAAGGAAACCCAAGGUGCUCUGAUCAAAAGAUGGAGGAUGAGUUUUGUGUCGACGAUGGCUACAUCACCCUAGAACAUGUUCCGGUUCACCCUUGUCUCCCCUCACAAGAUACAAGCACGUGAAGUCUUGAAGUCCUAGGACAGACAAGAGCACUGAGCUGGAAAGUUGGGAGGCCUGGACUCUGGUGUUCACCUAUCUCUGUCACCAAAUAACUGAGGCCUUGAGCCAAGCAAAGCUUGAUCUCUGUUUCUCAGUUUCUUUGCCUAGAGGAGGGAGCUGAGUUGGAUGAGUCCAUGAGGACGGAUCACCAGGAUUUGCAGCUGAAAAAUUUAAGAAUAAUUGAACCUAACAAGGUGACACACUCAGGAGACCCAGGUGUGGAAACAGGUGGCAGAAUGGCUCCAAAGGUAACUUCAGAACUGCUUCGACAGCUGAGACAAGCCAUGCGGAACUCCGAGUAUGUUACAGAACCCAUCCAGGCCUACAUUAUUCCAUCUGGAGAUGCCCACCAGAGUGAAUACAUUGCUCCGUGUGACUGUCGUCGGGCCUUCGUCUCUGGAUUCGAUGGCUCUGCUGGCACAGCCAUCAUCACAGAAGAGCAUGCAGCCAUGUGGACUGAUGGGCGCUACUUUCUCCAGGCUGCCAAGCAGAUGGAUAGCAACUGGACACUCAUGAAGAUGGGUCUGAAGGACACACCAACUCAGGAAGAUUGGCUGGUGAGUGUGCUUCCUGAAGGAUCCAGGGUUGGUGUGGACCCACUGAUCAUCCCUACAGAUUACUGGAAGAAGAUGGCCAAGGUUCUGAGAAGUGCUGGCCACCACCUCAUUCCUGUUAAGGAGAACCUUGUGGAUAAGAUCUGGACAGACCGUCCUGAGCGCCCGUGCAAGCCCCUCCUCACACUGGGCCUGGAUUACACAGGCAUCUCCUGGAAGGAAAAGGUUGCAGACCUUCGGUUGAAAAUGGCUGAGAGGAACAUCGUUUGGUUUGUGGUCACGGCUCUGGAUGAGAUUGCAUGGCUGUUCAAUCUCCGAGGAUCAGAUGUGGAGCACAAUCCGGUAUUUUUCUCCUAUGCAAUCAUAGGACUGGAGACCAUCAUGCUCUUCAUUGAUGGUGAGCGCAUUGAUGCCCCAAGUGUAAAGGAGCACCUGCUGCUUGACUUGGGCCUGGAAGCCGAAUUCAGAAUCCAGGUGCUUCCCUACAAGUCUAUCUUGAGCGAACUCAAGACCCUGUGUGCUGAUCUCUCCCCGAGGGAGAAGGUGUGGGUCAGCGACAAGGCCAGCUAUGCUGUGAGCGAGGCCAUCCCCAAGGAUCAUCGCUGCUGUAUGCCUUACACCCCCAUCUGUAUUGCCAAAGCUGUGAAGAAUUCUGCUGAGUCAGAAGGCAUGAGACGAGCUCACAUUAAAGAUGCUGUUGCCCUCUGUGAGCUCUUUAACUGGCUGGAGAAAGAGGUGCCCAAAGGUGGCGUGACGGAGAUCUCAGUUGCUGACAAAGCUGAAGAAUUUCGCAGGCAGCAGGCUGACUUCGUGGACCUGAGCUUCCCCACCAUUUCCAGUACGGGACCCAAUGGCGCCAUCAUUCACUACGCGCCCGUUCCUGAGACGAACAGGACCUUGUCACUGGAUGAGGUGUACCUCAUUGAUUCUGGGGCUCAGUACAAGGAUGGAACAACCGACGUGACCCGCACAAUGCAUUUUGGGACACCUUCAGCCUACGAAAAGGAAUGCUUCACGUAUGUCCUCAAGGGCCACAUAGCUGUGAGCGCAGCUGUUUUUCCGGCUGGAACCAAAGGCCACCUUCUCGACUCCUUUGCCCGCUCAGCUUUAUGGGAUUCCGGCUUGGAUUACCUGCAUGGAACAGGCCACGGUGUUGGGUCUUUUCUGAAUGUUCACGAGGGUCCUUGUGGCAUCAGUUAUAAAACAUUCUCCGAUGAGCCCCUGGAGGCGGGCAUGAUCGUCACUGAUGAGCCAGGUUAUUAUGAAGAUGGUGCUUUUGGAGUUCGCAUUGAGAAUGUUGUCCUGGUGGUUCCUGUGAAGACCAAGUACAACUUCAAUAACCGGGGAAGCCUCACCUUCGAACCUCUAACUCUGGUUCCAAUCCAGACCAAAAUGAUAGAUGUGGAUUCUCUCACAGACAAAGAGUGCGACUGGCUCAACAGUUACCACCAGACCUGUCGGGACGUGAUCGGGAAGGAACUGCAGAAACAGGGCCGCCAGGAAGCUCUCGAGUGGCUCAUCAGAGAGACGCAGCCCGUCUCCAAGCAGCGUUAAUGCCGCCCAGGGUUCUGUGUGUGGAAAUGCUCCGGGGAAGGAAGACUCGUGGCCAACCCCGGACAUCUUCCUGCCCCUCACCUCUCUCCCUCCCUCCCUUUUUACUUUUAGACUCCUAGGAGAGCUGAGAAUCUUAUCCUCUUUGAUAUUUUCUUGCAAACACUUGAUCUUUUAUGAUUUUUUUAAAUUGCUGAGCGCGAGCCGAGCCAAGAAUAAAACUGCUGCACCGGAAGGAGGGGGCCCCACAAAGACGAACACACUCAUCAGGGAGACGCCUAGCAGCCCCGCGAGGUCUCACAGCGGCUGGGGGACGAGAGUGCUCUGUGAUGUCAGUUCCAGGUGCUAGUACAUCGUUCGAGGUCCCCUCAUGCUCAUGAGGCUGUAUUUAUGAUCAUCGAAUAAAGUGUCAAAACGGGCUUUGUCUCAGCUGUCUGUU